UUCGUCAAGACCCUCACGGGCAAGACCAUCACGCUCGAGGUCGAGUCCUCGGACACGAUUGACAAUGUCAAGCAGAAGAUUCAGGAUAAGGAGGGUAUCCCGCCCGACCAGCAGCGCCUGAUUUUCGCUGGCAAGCAGCUCGAGGAUGGCCGCACCCUCUCCGACUACAACAUCCAGAAGGAGUCGACCCUCCACUUGGUCCUCCGUCUGCGCGGUGGU